CGUAAAUCUUCCACCACUCUUCCUCUCACGGCUUCUGCUUUGCGCACACACACGUGGUGGUGGUGUUGGCGCUUGUGCCUCAUUCGCUGCCUGUCUCUUCCGUGUGCACUCUCCACACCCCACACCGACCAACCACACACACCAACCGACCAUGCCGCGACCACCCCGCCCUGCCGCGGCCAUCAUCACGGCCAAGAAACUCAUCAAUCACGACAAGCGCCACCAUGCUCGCGAGGAGCUCAUGAAGGUGCUCAGCGGCCGCCGAAGGUUUGACUGGUCACUGGACCACGAGAAGGCCGCUCUCAUGUGCAUCAAGAUUUGCAUCGACCUCAAGAAAGGUCCCGAGGCAAAGGAUGUGCUGCACAAGUACCGCAACAUGACCGGCGAGAAGCACAAGGACUCGUUUGAGCGCGUGCUCACCCUGUACCUGUCCGAGUGCCAGCGCCGCUUCGACAUGGCGGAGCGCGUCGCCCGCGGUGAGCAGGUCACAGAGCCCAAGAUGGUCUACUUUGACGAUGAGGACGAAGCAGACGAGGCGGACGAGGACGAAGAGGAGGAGGAGCACAGCGACGCUGAGGCUGAGCCAAAGGCCGAGGAGAAGAAGGAGGCGCCCGCAGCUGCCCCCGCCUCCACCGUUGAGGACGACGAGGCCACCAAGGCGCAGAAGGCCAAGCUCGAGGACCUGGAGGAGAUGGAGACGCCCGAGUCUGUGCUCAUGGCUGCCGUCACCACAAUGGGCACCAGCGACCGCACCUGGCGUGCCGUCGCCGCCCCGUGGCUGCGCUUCCUCUGGGAGGCGUACCGCAACUGCCUCGAUGUCCUCAGGAACAACGUGCACUACGAGCAGCUGUACUACCAGACGGCGCGUGACGCCAUGGAGUUUUGCAAGCGCCACAACCGCCGCAUGGAGUUUAACCGCCUCUGCGACACGCUGCGCAACCACCUGCGCCAGUCGUACACGUGGAAGUCGGACACCAACAUCAAGCUGCGCAACGAGGACACCUUUGAGCGCCACGUGACGCUGCGCCUCACCGCCGUCAAGUUUGCCCGCGACCUCUCCCAGUGGCGCCAGGCCUACCGCGUCAUCAACGACGUCUCAGACCUCCUCAAGGACAGUGCUGUGAUCCCCAAGAUCCGCACGUCGUACAACUUCCUGCGCCUUGUUGCUGAGCUGUUCGUGCGCAGCCGCGACUUUGCCUUCCACGCCGCUGCCUGCCAGCAGAUUUUCCUCCUCUGCCAGGACUGGCCCAGCGACUUCUCCGACCAGGAGAUCAGCGCCGCCGCAAACGUUGCCGUGCUGUCUGCUCUUGCUGUGCCCAUUGCCAAGAACGACUCGAGCAUCAAGGACGCCAACGCCUUUACCGGCCGUGACUACCAGACCCGCCGCGAGGGCCAGUUCAAGGCCCUUCUCAAGCUGCAGACUGUUCCUACCCGUCAGUCUCUCCUUGAGUCCCUGAACGAGAGCUCUGCCCUUGCCCUUGCCCACGAGGACGUCCGCGGCCUGUUUGGUCUCGUCGAGCUCGAGUUCAGCCCCGACCGUCUGCGCGACCAGGCUGUGAAGAUGUUUGCGCUCUUCUCCGACGAUGAGGAGUUUAGCAAGCGCAAGUACCAGUCGUACCGCGACGUGCUGGAGUACGCCAUCUCCAUGCGCAUCCUCACACAGCUCUCGUACGUGUACACGACCAUGACUCUGGACAAGCUUCAGUCAUGGCUUCCCUUCUGCAACAGCUACUCCAAGCUUGAGCUGCACAUUGCCAAUGCCGUCAAGGCUGGCGUGUUGCAUGUGCGCUUUUCCCACUUUGACAACUGCAUCAAGUUCACCUCGGGCGUGCAGUCGUCCAACGUGCACCGCAGCGCCGGCGCCGAGCUCGAGUCUCUCCGCGCCCGCAUGAGCCAGAACCCGCUCAGCACCCUCGCAGGUCGCCUGCAGGUUGUUGGCCACAUGAUUGAGCCCGAGCAGCUGCGUGCACCGCUUGUGUCUGGCAUUGCCGAGGCUGCGGAGAAGGCGCGCCACGAGAUGCACAGCCGCCAGGAUGUGCAGCUCAAGCGCCGCAUGGCCGAGAAGCAGGCCCAGCAGGAGGAGCAGCAGCGCCUUCGCGAGAAGCAGCUCCGCAGUGACCAGGAGAUGCUGAAGAAGCGGGAGGAGGCUGAGAAGCGCAAUGCCGAGGAGCGCGAGCGUCGUCUCCGCGAGAAGGAGAUUCGCGAGCAGGAGCUCCAGGAGGUUCGGGAGCAGCUUGACCUGUACAUGCGCACGGAGGAUGGUCAGAAGGCGUUUUCCUCGUACAAACGCUCGGAACUUGAGCAGAAGAGCCUGGACGAGCUGUGGCAGAUUCUGUCCAAGUACCAGACCAAGGCCCGCAAGGAGCGCGAGGAAAUGCUCUCCAAACUUCAGAAGCGCAUUGACUUCCUUGAGCGUGCUCGUCGCCUUGCCGAGAUUCCCAAGCGCAAGGCGAUGAACGCGAAGGAGGUUGAGGCCCGCAAGGAGAAGGCCGAGGCCGCUGUUGAGAAGGAGCGCAAGCGCCAGGCCGCCGAGCACGCCAGCAAGCUCGCCCUCAAGGCCCGCUUCAGCAAGCUGAAGAAGCCCACGCUUGCAUUUAUCAACGACAUAACCACACCGCGUCGGGCGGCAUUCGAUAAGCGCCUUGCUGAGUUUGAAACGCGCUUUGCCGAGCAGGAGGAGCGCAAGCGCAAGAAGGAAGAGGCGGAGCGUCGCGCGUACGAGCAGAGCCAGGAGUACAAGGACAAGCUUCGUCGCGAGGCGGAGGAGGAGGAGCGCCGACAGCGCGAGGAAGAGGAACGCCUCGAGCAGCAGCGCAUCAUCGAGUCUGUGGCCCAUAAUACUGAGGGUGUCCUCGAGCCAGAGCGCCGUGUUGAGGACGAGUCUGGCGAUGGCUGGGAAACCGUUACUUCAGCACGCACCGCCAAGCACCAGCACCACCAGCAACAACAGCAACAACAGCAACAACAGCAACAACAGCAACAACAGCAGGCGGCCCCCGCCCCCGCACCUGUUGCACAGCGGGCGCCAGCUCCAGCGGAGCCCGAGCCGUCCCGCUAUGUGCCACCGUCUGCGGCCCGCGAAGCAGCUCCUCCCCGCGAAGCAGCGCCGCCGCCAAGCGACAGCUACCGCCCCCCUGCAGCUCGCACCGGCGCCGGUGACCGCCCUGCUGGCGGCGCAUGGCGUACUGCUGGCAGCGGUAGUGCCGGUGGCGCAUCGCGCGGCCCUCCACAGCGCGACAUGACCCGCUCCCGCACCGCCGGCUGGGGUCGCGGUCAAGACGAUCGCCGUCGUCCACAGGACGCGUCUGGCCGCGACGAGCGCAGAUUCGACCGAGAGGCUGCGCAUGAGGCUGAGGCUGAGGAGCGCUCGAUGACGCGUGGUGCAUGGGGCCAGAACCGCGACCCCGGCCGCGGCCGCCCUGGCAAGGCGCGCCAAGGUGGUGCUUCGCGGACUGGCGGUGCCUGGCGUUAAGCAGACACGCCCACGUCGCAACAGUGCAUUGCAUGUGUGCUCGACACACAAACAAGCACACAUGCAUGAUUUGAGCAUGGCUUGUUCUUCCCCUCUUUCCUAUCCCCCUCCUUUCUUUGUUCUUCCCUCCUUUACACGUUUCCCCCAGUACACACGUCAACACGAAGCAG